AUGUUAGGCUCAACUAACCGUACUACUCGUUCGGCUAUUGCCCAAAGCCUCAACUCAACGCCACCCUCAGAACAACUGGGCAGUUCUACUUUAAGCUCUGACCCAGCUUUACUUGAGAUUAUUGCUUUACUCCAAGCAUGCCUUCAACAGCUUGAAGGUAUAGGUAAAACUUCUCCUGCCUCUACCCAAGAACCAAUGCCUCCUACUACUACGGCUCCUACUGCCCACCCCGCGCUACACCCAACCUUAUUCGAUGGCGACCCAGUCCUCUUCUCUUCCUGGUCACUAGAAAUUCAGGCCAAAAUUGAACUCGAAGGUGCCUCUAUUGGCAACGAUAAAGCUCAAUUCUUCUAUGUUUUCGGCCGACUAGGACCAAAUGCUAAGAAGAUGCUGGCCGCCUGGAUAGAGUGUGAGCAUAAGACGGGUAAUUUUAACUACCAAAGGAUCCUCCAGAGGUUAGAGCAGAUCUACGGCGACCCGAAUCGAGCUGAGAAAGCCCUUAAAGAGCUAUCCCAGCUCCGCCAAGCCGUUACAUUCGCAAAGUUCCUUCCUACUUUCGAGAAUACGUUACUUGAAGCUGGCGGUUCCAACUGGCCCGAGGUCGUUAAAAUCCAAUUCCUUGAGAACGCUCUCCGCGACGACCUCCGCCAUGUACUGAUCCCUAUUACUGACCUCUCACGCGAUGACUUCCAUUCCUUUACCCGCCAAGUCGGUAUUGUUGCCAGCCGUCUCGAGCUCCUUACAUAUCACCCGUUUCACCGCCCUACUAGCUACAAUACUGGAGAGGUAAAGCCUACUAUCCAGCAAGCUGACCUUACCGAGCCCGCCCGUAUCCAACAGGCCAACCUUGCCGAGGGUAACGAACUCCUCCGCGGAAAACGAGCCCAGUAUAUCUCAGCCGCAGAACUCAGCCGCCGGAAGCGGGUGGGGGUUUGCUUCCGUUGCGCAAGGAAGGGCUGCCAUACGAAAAUCUGCCCACUAUUGCCACCUACCCCGCCUUCCCCAUUACGUCGUGACGCCGGAGCGACCGAUUUCAGAGGCCGGCGUCUAGAGUGA